CAAGAGGAAACCUGGUUUGCAAUGCGGCCUUCCAUCUCCCCGUCGCCUAGUAACUGUUUCCACAGCAACCGCAAGGCCAACAACGCUAAGCAUUCCUGGGAGGAAUAGACAGGGUAUUUUCUUUUCUUCUCCAGAGAGAACUGCUAAGAAGGGGUCAAAGGGAGGAUUAUGUGAAAGAGAAACCUGAGUUCCUUGAGAAAGCAAGGAAGCAAGAAAAAGAAAGGGGAAGCUGUGAAGAAAGAGACUGAGUUACGGGUAUAGUGAGAAAAAAGUUGAGAACAGUAGUGAAGAAGUCAUUUGGUGAUGAUGGAUUCAUCGUGCUUUACUGAGAGCAUUUAUAACCUCAUACCCAGUGACUUGAAGGAGCCUCCUCAGCCUCCUAGGUAYAAAUCAAUUUUUAAGACAACUAUAAAAAAUGACAUGAAAAAAAUUAAAACUGCAAUGAAAACUAUGGGACCAGCUAAAGUUGAAGUACCUACUCCAAAGGAUUUCCUAAAGAAACAUUCAAAGGAAAAAACUCUACCACCCAAAAAAAAAUUUGAUUGGAAUCAGCCCAGGAAGCCUACUGUGCCACUGAGGACUGAUCAUCCAGUCAUGGGAAUACAGAGUGGAAAAAAUUUUAUAAAUACAAAUGCAGCCGAUGUCAUCAUGGGAGUGGCUAAAAAGCCUAAGCCAGUUUAUGUUGACAAAAGAACUGGGGACAAGCAUGAUCUUGAAACUUCAGGACUAAUUCCAAAGUACAUCAAUAAAAAGGAUUAUGGGAUCACACCUGAAUACAUAUGUAAACGAAAUGAGGAAGUUAAGAAAGCCCAAGAAGAAUAUGACAAUUAUAUCCAGGAAAACCUUAAGAAAGCAGCUAUGAAAAGGCUCUCUGAUGAAGAGAGGGAAGCUGUUCUCCAGGGGCUGAAAAAGAACUGGGAAGAGGUGCACAAAGAGUUCCAGUCCCUCUCAGUCUUCAUAGACUCCAUACCGAAGAAGAUUCGCAAACAGAAGCUGGAAAAAGAAAUGAAACAGCUAGAACAUGACAUUGGUGUAAUCGAAAAGCACAAAACUAUUUAUAUUGCUAAUAAGUAAUAAUGGAUUUUUAAAGCAUAUAGAAAAAAACAUGGAAGAUAUAAAAAUGAAACCAUAAGUUUUUCAAAGAGGAAAAUACUAURAAGGAAAUAAUAGUCAAUUAAAAUGCUUAAGCAAUGUUUAAAGAACAAUUGAAUUACUCAUUAAAUAAAAGAAAAUGUUGUUUUUAUUAGUUUCACAUUUUCCACAUAUCAACAAACCAUUAAAGUUUGAGGUUAUGUUCCAGUUCUAUAAUGUAAUUCAUUAUUAUGAUGUACUUGUUUCACAUAAACAUUAAUU